AUGCGUUUCUCUUUUUUAUCUUCGUUGCUUUCGUUAGCUGCGAUUGCUGCUCCCUUCGUUAGCGCCCAGGGAGCCGAAAACAACGAGAAUGCAAUUACAAAACCCGCCGCUGGGGAGGUUUGGGUCGCAGGAACACCGUUCCCGAUUGAAUGGACUGCUUCUGCAAAUCCUGGGACUGUUAGCAUUGUUCUUGUUAAAGGUGUUCCUGGGAAUUUGCAAGUCCUUGAUACCAUCGCUCCAAAUGUCGCCAACAACGGGAAAUUCGAAUGGACUCCUCCUCUCACCCUCGAAGGCAUGCAGACCAUGGCAGCCGACCAAGUCUACCAAUUCAAAAUCGUAAACGACGAAAGCGGAAACUUUGGAUUCUCUCCCAGUUUCAAGAUUGACUCUCCGGCAUCGACUUUCGCACCUACUGGUGCUCCUGCCAACCCUGCUGAAGAAACUACUAGUUCGGCCGCCCCUGCCGAAACUACGAGUGAAACUUCGGCUUCGUCGGUUGAGCCUACGAGUACUAGCACUGAGGUUCCUACGUCGACAGAGACGACAUCUGAGGUCGUUAGCAGCACUAGUGUAGUAGAGACCAGUUCAGAAGUUAUCACUUCGACUUCUGUUUCCGAAGCCGCUACUACAUCUACAUCUGAAGAACUAUCGACAACUUCCGAAGUUCCCACCACCCUUUCUACCGCCGUUAGGACAUCUCCAUCAUCUCCAGAACCUACCAGCGAAGAAUCCGAAUCCCCCACCGAAUCUCCAGACGCAACAAAUACAUCCUCUCCAUCAGAAACCACAUCCGCAGCCCCAUCCGAAUCCUCGCAACCAGGUGGUCUUCCCACUGGUGUAAUCGCCGGUAUUACCGGUGGUAUCAUCGCUUUCUUGAUCCUCGCCAUCGUUGGCGUUUUCCUCUUCCGUCGUAGCAAGCAACAAAGCCGUACCAAACUCCGUGGCAAUACCCCACCCCCUCAACCGUCGAAAUAUGAUCGUGACUUUCAGAUGAUGGAAAGAAGAGCUAGACAUCGCCCAACUAGCAGCUUUGGAUUUAACACUUCCAGAAGCGAUACUAGUGGGGUCGAAGGGAGAAACGAUCCAUAUGUUCAACUUGGUGAUAGGGACAGCAGAAGAGGUAGCGAGACCUGGGGUGCUUCGAGAUUUUAG